CAGGAACCGGGGCUCGGCCGCAGCUGCAGCGUUUCCUGUUCCACAGAGAGCAGGAGAGCACAGGAUGAGCUGCUUGGCAUGAGGAGGGCAGCUGGGGCGUGCUUCUGCCCUGUGGCACCCGGCUGGGCACGGCACCCCAGGGGCAGGACAGGAGCCUGGCACCAGGGCAGAGGCCCCGAGGGGACAGGGCCACCAUGCCCAGGAGGGCACGGCCGCGCCCGGGCGAGAGCGCCGAGGAGAGGAGCGAGCGGCGGCAGGAGGCGCGGGAGCGGCUGCGGGGCAGGGUCAAUGUCACCUGCUGCAGGGCCAGUGUCACCUGCUGCCGCCCCCCGGGCCUGCCCACGGCCACCAGCCCCCGCCAGGCUGAGUUCCUCCGGAGGAGAAACCUGGCGGCCGAGGCCGGGGAGAGCCGGCCGGGACAGAGAUGGACACCCUGGCGGAAGAGCGCCCGCAGCCCCUCGGGGGGAUCAUCCCCACCCUGCCCCUUUGCCUCCACUGGAACACAGACCCUGCCGAGCCCCAGCUCAGCAGUGACAGACUCGAGCCAGCAGACAGACUGGGGAAUAGCAGUUUUAAAUAAGGAAAUGGUGCAGCUCUCCAACUACCUGAAGGAGGCCCUGCACCGUGAGCUGCUGCUCAAGCAGAAGAUGGUGAUUUUACAGGAGCUCCUGUCCACUCUGCUCCAGGCUUCAGAGAAAUCCUGGCAGGGUCAGCUGAACGAGGACAAACUGAGGUGUAAACUACGGGUGCUGGAAAAUCAGCUGCAGGCCUGCACCCAGAGUUACUCAAAGGAGUGUAUGAAGAAGAUCCUGAUAGAGAUGGAGGACCAGAAGCAGACCUAUGAGCAGAAGGCAAAAGAGGCUCUUCAGAAGAUGCUGGAGGACAAACUCCUAACAGAGCAGCAGCUGCAGAACUCUCAGAGAAGUCUGGCAGAGAUGCGAGAGGACCUCGCCCUCUGGAAGGAGCACCACGCCACACUCAAAGCCGAACUGACCAAGGAGACCACAGCACACACCGAGCUCAGAAACAGCUUCCAGGCUUUACAGAGUGAGCUCCAGCGAGCGGACGCGCAGAGCGAGCGGCUGAGCCGGGAGCUGCGGGCGCUGCGGGACGAGCGCACGGAGCUGCUGCAGCGAGCCAGCGCCCUGCGCAGCGACAACGACCGCCAGGCCGGCCACAUCCGCCACAUCCAAGAUAAAUUGCAAAAAGAACAAGAGCAGAAAGUAACACUGGAGGCAACAAUCAGCCAUUUGCAGAACUUGAUUCACAACCUGGACAACCAACAGAAGAGCCAGGAGGUGAAGGUGCAAAGCACAGACCAGGUUUUCACCACACAGACCCCACCUCUCACUCCUGCCAAGGAAAAACAAAACGCUCUGCCAGAGCACCCCGAGGAGGAGGAGGAGGGAACAGAAAGUCUGAAGGAUGAGAUGCAGAAAAGGACAUCCCAGCUCACAGCAAAGGAGAACGAGGUACCCAGCAGCACGCUGAGCUGUGCCCUGUCCCUGCAGGUACCCGAGGAUGCUCAGCAGAGCCGUGCCCAGCUGCGGGCAAAGCGCUGCAGCCACUGCAGCAGCCCAGCUGCUCUGGGGGCACACAGAACCCAGGGGACCCCUCCUGCUGAGAGCCCCUUGCUGUGCUUGCAGUGCUCGGAGCUGCGCUCGGAGCUGGAGGCGCUGAGCCAGGAGUACCAGUCGUGCCUGACCCGGCUGCGCCAGUGCCGCGACGAGCUCAACCGCUCCCACGGCAGCCAGGCUCAGAGACAGCACCAUCCCUGGAUCCCUCUCCUGGUGGCAGUGGCAGCAGUGGCCAUCGCCACCUUCCUGGCGACUUACAGGCUGUGAAGGGGCUCCUUGAUGACUGACUUCACUGCAGGAACUGACCUCUGCUUCACCAAAAGCAAGCUGGCCUCACCUCAACUCACCUUCUGUUUUGUGUGCGCACAUUGGGUUCGUAUCCUGAGCUGGUGUCACUCCAGCCAGCUAGGUGAACACGGGGACAUCACCCCUUCCCUCGGCUGCUGGUGUCACUCCAGCCAGCUCCCAUGAACACAGGGACAUCACCCCUUCCCUCGGCUGCUGUGGUUGCUCUGUUCCUGCCAAAGGCUGCCCUGCCCAGCCCUGAGGCAUCGAGGGACAGAGCCCCUGUGCCCACCGCUGCUGUGGCUCACACAGGGUGAGAGGGACAGGCAUCCUGUGCCCUUGGCAUCCAGCCUGCCUGGGGUUUAUACCCCCGAGUUGUCCUCCUGUAUUUAUUGCCUCCCUAAAUAGGAGGCAUUCGAUCCUGGGCCAUCUCUACUCUUACCUGACAAAGGCACCCAGCUCAGGGGGGCUCCUCAGCAUGCUCCCCUCACAGCCACUGCUCUAUCCCAUUCCUCCAGCCUCCCUUGUGGCCGAGCAUCCCCACAGCCACACCUGCUUCCCCUUCACUGCCAGCACCACAAGAAUUCACCUGAGAUAGGGAUUUAAAGUGCCUUUUGCAGCUGCACCGUGCAAGUUUUACAGCAGCACUUGCCCAUCAUUCAUGGGCAGGCUCAGACACAAUGCAGGCCGUGACACCACCUCACAUGGGAAGAUACCUGAAAUAUACACAUAAUACACACAUAGUAAACACACAUGGCGCCUACAAUAAACUUCACUAAUUCAAAGCA